AUGAAUAAUUUAAGAGGAAAAUUUGAAAAAGAGAUAAAAAACUUUAAACGAACUGCAUUGCUUCGGGGGAGUCCGGCGUUUAAAAUUAGCGUAUGGUUUUCUGGUAUUGAUAAAUUGUUACCUAUUCGAUUUGCUCUGGGAUUCUUUUGGAUACUUAUUAGCGAAUACAACAACCCCAAAAGAAAUAAUUUCUUUUUUAAAAAAAAGGAGCCAGACAUGUUUACAGACGAUGAAAUACAGAACUGGAACAAACCGUAUUAUCAAAAAAAAUGA